UGCAGCCAUUGGAAACCAUACCGGCAACACCGGGUCCUGUUCCCUGUGCGGCUCCAAGGUUCAUGAGAGCAGAUUGGAAUCUCACUUCUCAAAUUGUUCAGAGCGUCUGAACCCCUCACCCUCUCCUGCCCCUCCUCUUUGACGCCUUUGACGUUGGAGGGCACAGAUCCAAGUGAACGGCCCGCCAUACUCAUCCACAGUCCGGACCAAACCACCUUGACAAGAUGGGAUGGCCUUACAGAUUUGUGACUUUGAGUCAAGACGAAACUGAUCUAAGAAGGCAGACAAUUGACAGAUACGCCGGGCUUGCCCAGCUGUCAGCCUUCGUCCCAGUCCUGCUAUUCCUCGGCUACAGGUUGGCCUCGUGGGCUUACGCCGCAGUCGAGGCCAAGAAGGGUGCCUACAAUGCCAUCCCAGAGUCUCCAUUACGGAAGGUCAGGCGGCAGGGCCCACUAGGGGUCUGGGAGUCGCGAUACAGGCAUCUCCAGUGGUGGCUUGGGGAUGAUGUCGUCUUCUUGGGCCGCACCUGGGGACAGAGAGACGAAUGGGUCUUUGGGCUGGCCUGGGGUUUGUGGAUGGCGGCACUCACUGUGGCUGGGACUCAUGAUGACUACCUCCACCUCACCAAGAGAGCCGGUGCCAUCGGCAUAUCUCAGCUGCCUCUUCAGUACCUCCUGGCGCUCAAGAGCCUCAACCCCGUCGCCUACAUAUUCAACUCGUCACAUGAGCAGGUCAACCGCUACCACCGGGUGCUUGGCCGCAUCAUCUACACCUUGCUGCUCGUCCACGCCUUGCUCUACCUCAACUUCUUUGUCGCCUCGGGCAUACUGGUCGAGAAGCUCACCACGUCUCGGGCCGUCAAGACCGGCAUGGUGGGAAUCUGGGGCUUGACCUUGCUGAACACGACGACUCUUAGGUUUAUCCGGACCUACUCCUACCGGAUAUUUUUCAUAGUCCAUCUCGUGGUGGCAAUGAUCAUUCCGCCCCUAAUCUGGUUCCAUGCCCACCACCCGAGGGUUUUCCUGGUAGAGGCGCUCGUGGUGUUUCUUGCCGACAUCAUCACCCGCAAGUUCGACACCUUCACCGCCGUCGCGAAGCUGGAGAUGGUGCCCAACACAAACCUCGUCAAGAUCACGGCGCCAGUACCCAACAAGAAGAUCCACCGCUUCGUCACCCACCCCGGCUCUCACAUCUACCUGCAGAUCCCCGCCGAAGCGCGCCCGUCUGAUAGCGCUGCCUCUGCGGGCCACAUCGUCCACGAGUUCCUGUACAACCCGUUCACGGUGGCAGAUGUCGACCCCGAGUCCGGCAAUCUCACACUGGUGGCCCGGCAUCUCAACGGCCCAAUGACCACCUCCCUCAACCAGAUCGCAAGCAACAACAGCCGCCACGACUCCACCAAGAUCCCCCUGUCGAUCGAGGGGCCGUACGGCGUGGCCGGUCACCUGAAGGCGCUGGUCGAGGGCGAGUUCGACCGCAUCCUGCUGGUCGCAGGCGGUGUUGGCGCCACCUACACGGUGCCCCUCUACCGCGCCCUGGUCAAGGACAACGCAGCCGCGCAGGUGCAGCUGGUCUGGGCCGUGCGCGACGUCGGCGACGCCUCGUGGGUCACAUCUGGCAAGAACGGCCAGGGCUUCACCGAGGACGAGGGCGUGCAGGUGUUCGUCACGGCCCCCGAGGACAAGUCGCCUGUUGCCCAGGGCCCGGGGGACGAGGACGAUGGCGUGGAGCUGACCCCGCUGCAGCGGAGCGGCGAGGUCCGACACCAGCUCAUGCGGCCCAACAUGAAGAAGAUCGUGGAUGAGGUGUUCCAGCACGGCCAGGACGAGAGGGUUGCGGUCUUCUUCUGCGGGCCCACGGCGAUGGGGCGCGACUUGAGGAAUCAUGUUGGGGUCUGGGUGCGCAAGGGCAGGGUGGUGUUUUGGCAUAGCGAGAGCUUCGGGUGGUGAUGACUACUUGGCCGCAUCGAGCAACUUGCAUCAUGUAAACUUACUUGUUCUAGACUUCCAAACUUCAGCAUGGUGUUGGUUUCGGGGCACUCUGAUGAUCACAGCGAGGAAGGCCUGUACUCAAAAUCUCCUCAACACUUCCUGUUCCCGAUCUCGUUUUAGUUAAUUAGAG